AUGGAUUCCCCCAGCUCGUCGGGAAGGUCUCUCCCAGCCGAACCCCGCAGGAGGAAGGCGGUUUUCAGCCCGAGUCAAAAGGACGCUCUGCAGGCAUCCUUCGCCACCAAUCCCUACCCGGGUAUCAGCACCCGACAGAAGCUGGCGGAGCAAACGGGCCUGGCGGAGCCUCGGAUCCACGUUUGGUUCCAAAACCAGAGAAGGCGGCUCCUGAAGCAGAAGCGACUGGAAGCUGAGCCUUGGCCCCAGGAGGGCCUACCCAGAGAAGAGCGGCGAAGACGCACGGCCAUCACGGCCUGGCAGACCGCUGUCCUCGUUGGAGCCUUCGAGAGCAACCGUUUUCCCGGAAUCGCCACCAGGGAGGCACUGUCCAGACAGACAGGCCUCCCAGAGUCCAGAAUUCACAUCUGGUUUCAGAACCGAAGGGCCCGACAUCCAGGGCGCCAGGAACCGAGGGCCCCGGCGCCCGUGGCCGCCCGGGCCGGGCCCACAGAGGACCCAAGCGCUCAGCCUCCCCUGGCGCUGGAGACGCCCACCAGGGCGGCGGCGGUAGCGCCUGCUCCGGCGGGAGCGCUCUCUCACGCACAGAGCCCUCUGUGGCCUCCCUACCAAGGACACAGCCAGGGCCACGCUGGCUUGGCAGGUGCGCACUCCCUGUGGCGGCCUGAGCUGCCGGGCCCGGGACCAGCUCAGCAACUGGCGAGCCACCCUGCGCAGUGGUGGGGCCCGGCCCAGGGGCCCCAGGCCGUCCAGGCCCCGUGUCCGCCUGGAGAAGCGCCAGCAGCCCCUCCGCAGGCCACACCCCGCCAGUCUCCACCUCGGCACGAGCAGAGUCCAGCCAGCGGGGAGCCCGGUCCUGGCCUCCAGGAACCCCCGGGGGAACCCGCGCCGGGCUCCUGCCUGCUAGAUGAGCUCCUGUCGGCGCCGGAGUUUCAGGCUCUGGCACGACCCUUCGUGGAUCUGGACGCACAGGAGGAGGACCUGUCGGCGGAACCAGAACCACCCCUGGACCAGGAAGAAUUCCAGGCUCUGCUCGACCAGCUGCUGAGCUCACCAGAGCCUCAGCUGUAA